GCACCUCCACGGCUGCCGCCGCCCCUGUCGUCGGCGCCUGCCCCAACGUGGAACCACUCUCCGCCUUCGCACCAGGAGGUCGAUAACUGGUUCGAUAUGCCGAUCAAGAAGAUGAUGCUGUGUGGGGCCAAGGAGGAGGACGGAGUGCCGCUCCAGCAGCCCUCAGCCAACCUCGACUUGCAGUUCCAUGAUAUCUCACUCACCAUCAGGCCCUGGAAGUUCAGGCAACCCAAAAAAACAAUCCUGCAUGGGAUUAAUGGACGCUUCAAAGCUGGCGAAUUAACAGCAAUUAUGGGACCUAGUGGAGCGGGGAAAAGCAGUCUUUUAAAUGUUAUUUCAGGCUUUCGGUCUCGAGGUGUCACUGGUACUCUUCUCGUAAACGGCCAUCCACGAAAUGAAAGAAUCUUCCAGAAAAUGUCUUGCUUCAUUGCUCAAGAAGAUGCUCUUCAGCCAAUGUUGACGGUGACUGAAACCAUGAUGGUAGCAGCCUCUCUAAAACUGCCUUCACACGUAACUCCUCAGGAGAAGCAAACAACUGUUUCUGAAAUAUUGGCUUCGUUGGGGCUCACAAAAGCCAAGGACACACAAACCACAAAACUGUCAGGUGGGCAGCAAAAACGUCUUUCCAUUGCCUUGGAACUCAUCAAUAACCCUCCAGUUUUCUUCCUGGAUGAACCAACAAGUGGCCUUGACAAUGUUGCUGCAAAACAAUGUCUCUCAGUACUGAAGAUGUUGGCCAGCCAAGGUCGCACCAUUGUGUGUACUAUUCAUCAGCCCAGUGCCUUACUCCUGUCGUUUUUUGACUCUAUGUAUGUUGUAGCCCAAGGAAUUUGUAUAUAUCAGGGCUCAACAAGAGCUCUAAUUCCUUUUUUAAAAUCUGUUGGUAUUCAUUGUCCAACUCACUACAAUCCAUCUGAUUACAUACUAGAGAUGUCAGAAGACAAAUCAAUUGUCCAAGCUAUGUCAGAAAACAUUAUGAAUGGCCACCAUAGCUGGACAAAUAAUGGUAUUGAAGAAGUUUCUGAAACGUCUACCAAAGAUAUAUUACUUCCAGAAGUAGAAGUUCCAUCUAUUCAAGCAGAUGCUAACAGUGAGAGUGGAUCAUCAGAACCCUGCAUAACUGAUGGGCUUUCUAUGCUUGGUUAUCGUAAAUUUCAGCGCAAAAGGUUUGGUGUUGCUAGUUCAGGUUGGAUGCAGUUUUGCAUCCUUUUGAAGCGAAUGAUUUUGCAAAUUUUCAGAAACAGGAUUGCUUUAAGACUGCAGUUGAUUCAUCAUGUGUUCUGUGGUUUUUUUAUUGGAUGUAUAUUUUUUAAUCAAGCCAAUGAUGGAAGCAAAAUGUUUAACCACAUGAAGUUUUGUAUUGGCGUAUUUUUCAGCAUGAUAUUUAUUACUAUGGUAUAUUUUAUGAGUGGUCUUCCUAUGGACUUGACUCGAUUUGCAAGUUUUGCAAUUGUGGGUAUCUUGGUAUCUAUUGCAUCAGAAGGCUUAGGUCUGGCUAUAGCUUCAGCAGCAGAUGUUACUACUGGUAGUGUAGCUGCACCAGCAAUUAUUGCACCAUUUCUUGGUCUUGCUGUUUAUGGAUUUGAUUUUGCCAAUCAAAUAUCAUGGCUGAUGAAUGCAAUCAUGAAAAUGAGUUUUCUACGGUGUGGUGUUGUGGCACUUGUUUUAGUUGUAUUUGGAUUUGAUCGCAAACAUUUAAAUUGUGAUGAAAUUUAUUGCCAUUACAAAGAUCCUCAAGUAAUAUUACGUAUGUUGGAUAUUCAAAAUGUGUCACUUGUGUCUCCUAUUAUUGCUUUGUUUGGACUUUUGGUCCUUUUUAGAACAAUAUGUUUUAUAGGCCUACGAUGGCGUCUUGCAACGUGAUGUAUGUAUCAUAUAUAGAUGAAUAUUUAUUUCAAAUUUUCAAUGUGAAGACACUUUCACUACCUUUUACUUUAUUGUUGAUAAUUCUAAUACACAUUGAAGUACUCAUUUGAAAUUCAGGUAUCAUGGUGCCUGAAGAAUAUAAUCUCUUUAGAAAUGUAAGAAAUUAACUUUUUAUUCCACAACUUUGCCUCAAGAUAAAGAAAAACAUAACAAUUAACUAAGAGUUUAUUGAAGCACUCAAAAGUCUUCUAAAGAAAUUGAACCAAUUUGUUUCUAGCUACCUCACAGGUUAAAUUCAAGUAUUGCUGGUUUUUUCAUUACUAGCAUGGUUCUAGAGAGUUCAUGUCAGUGACAGUACAAUGACAGUGACGUGUUACUCCUUUUCAUCAGAGGUACAAUGCUACACUUAUUCAUUAAUUGUAUUCAAGACUAAUGUUUCAUUUAUUGAGAAUAUUUCAAUAAUUUGUGCUUUGUAGUGUGAAUACAAAGUCCAAAACUGGAUUGUAUUAUUUGGUAGUGUGGUUUGUGCUGCACUGUAGUUAAAACAACUUGCAUUUGCUUCUUUCAUUAGAUAUGUUUAUUUUCAAUCAGUGUUGCUUACUAACUGUUCAUGUAAUUUGAAUAUGAUGAAGAAAAGUGACAACUGUGAAAAAUCAAAACAACACAGAAACCAUUUUCUGUUUGUGAAAUGAAGUGAUGUAUACAAAUUAUCGCAAACUUUCAAUGCAAUAUACUUUUUAUAUGAAAAUGUAUUUGUUCAUAAAGAAUAAAUAGUGUGUGAAAGAACUGGUUAGAUUGAGGUCAAUUACACAAAUAAAUGUUGGAUAUAAAGUUUAAUCUAGUGUGAAUAGAGUUUAUUUUCUUUAUUUUUAAAUGAAAGUAAAUUUGAUUUGCACUUUUAAAGUAGUAGAAAUGUUUUAAAUUAAUAUAUAAUACUGUAAAAUAUUUAUUUUGUGAAUGAUUGAGUGUGUUAUCAAAAUUCCAGAAAUAGAUACGUAUUACAUUUUACAACUAUUACAAGGAUGGCUCCAGAAAAUAUUUAGGAGGCAUUUUAUAAGAUUUUAGUGAACCAUAACUUUAUAUAUCAGAAAUAAAUAAUGUCAUUUGGUUUGCUGAAUACUUUACAUUAUUUAUUUUCACAAAAAAUCAGCCUUAUAAAUAAGAGUCUAUAGACAAUCAACAUUUACUUGUUCCAAAAAUUUUAAGAUAUUAUUUAUGAAAUUAUUUAUAUAUAUGUAGAAAUUGUUUGAAUUGAAUUUCAUAGCUAACUAUAACAACAUUAGAUUUUAAAAUGGUUUUCAUUUUUAACAGUAAUUCAGUUAAAUCAGAAAAUAUUGGGACUUUUGGAGCAAUUUAUUAAAAUAUUUUAAUGCAUUUGAUCUGUAAAUUUUCAAGGCUCUUCAAAGAAUUCAAAGGCCGUGGAGCCACCCUUGUAUAUUUACGUGCUUCCAGUGUUUAUCUCCUUAUAAAGCAAAAAAGGCGAGAGGAAAUUUAGUUAUUCAGAAGAAAAUAGCCAAAUGUGUAUUUAUAAUGAGUAUCUCCUGUUUUCAAGCUUAUUCAAGAACUUUUAUUAUAAAUGCUGUAGAUUGACUUCUAUACAAUAGAUAGGAGGUGGCAUAAAUAUUGGUAAAGAAAUAUACGUAGUUAUUUAAAAGUAAAUCAGACAAUGAUGGUCUUAUAGAAUCUGUGAUAAAAAUGUAUUCAUAGAAAAUUAUUCAUUCUAUGGAUUUAUAACAAAAUAUAUUUGAUGCAUAUUUGUUGUUAGUAGACAACUUCAAAAGCUUAUUAAUGUAAUAUGACAUUAAGAGUUAUGUGACAUUAAGAGUGUGUUAACUAAAAUUCUGAACAGACUUCAAACAAAAAAUAUUUUACAAUAGUAAGAUAUUAGUCUGAUUAUCUAGGCAAAUAUUGUAGAGUUCAUGAUGUGCACCCAACACAAUUUUGGUCUUAGUCAUUAAUGUAACUUUUAAGUCCGCUUGCACUUUUGUAACUAAAUUCUGAAAGAUAGGUAUUGGUCUCUUAUAUGUUGUUUAAUUAAAAUACUGAAAUAAUCAAUGUGUGUGAAUACAUUUGGAAUAUGUAUUUUAACAAUGUACAUACAAUAUGGUUUCAGUCCCUUUGGCAUAAAGCAGCAACCAGAUUUUGCUAAAGAAUACACUCAUUGAUUGGGUAAAAAAGUUAUGAGAGACGGGGCUUUUUUGUUUUGAUUCCUUGACACAAUGAAAGAUUUUUUAUGUCCUCUUAUAAAGAUAUACAUACUAUACAUUCUUAAUCUUUUCAGUAAUUAAAUUGAAAAACAAUAAAGAAAAUAUUUGGAAUUUUAGAAGUAGAUCAACAUCCUUUCAUUUCUUAACAUAUUCACAACAAAGAAGGUUACAAGAGUUAAUACAGGCCAUUUUGUGCAAUGUCAAUUUAAUUUCUUGACUGGAAAAAUGUUUUAUGAAGUUUCCGUUCUAAAAUUCUCUGAUCAAGAUGUUGCUUCUCACAGCAGAUUUUCUCAUUUGCACAGCUAUAUGUCAUGUACAUUUGAUUGUCCUUUAAUACUGACUUUUUUUUUUAAUACUGACAAUAUUGGUUUCCAUCUGCAUCUUGAUAUUGUUAAUUUUAUUUAUCAUCAAAAAAACCUUUUUUGUUGUUUAAUAUAAGUAGUUAAAUGAUAAAUAAAUUAAUAAUACUUAUGUAUUUUCAACACCAAUUAACGGGAUACAUAUUUGCAUUACCAGACAUAAAUUUGAAUUGAAGUAUAUAUUGAAUAUAUUGAAUAUACUGACAAUUUCUUGUCAGUUACUCAUUUCCACUUCUUAAAGCAACUGGAUCACUGCAAUUAAAACAACAGUAAAAAAAAACUUUUAGAAUUUCUGGAGACAAAUAUUGUUCUAUGUAGUUUUAAAUACUAUUAAUGUGUUUUGAAAGUUUGUGAAGAUUUUUAAUUGACACACCUAUUGACGAUUUUUGUUCAUGUAAUUUUGAAUGUUCAAAAAUAAUUGUAUAUUUUUUUUUUUUUAUUUAUUUGUAUUCAGUAACAUUAAGUCAGUGUUUGUGAUCGAAAUGAAUAUAUUUGUAUGUUCAUGUAAUUAUUUAUGCAUAAAUGAAGUAGAAAUUUUAUAUAAAUAGAUUUUUUAUAUUAAUUACAUUUUUAUGGAACAAUUACUACUAUUAUCAUUGUUGUAAUAUACUCCUCUAGCAAAUAAGGCAACCUUGAAUCUGAUGAAUCUGUUUGAAAUGGGAAUAUCUUGUCUUAUAGACAAUAUUAGCCCUAAGUAAGUUCUAAUGAUCUAUAUAUUAAAUGCUGAUUGCAUCUAGCUUUUAUUUGAUAUACUUUCAAUGAAAGAAUUUCAGUUAUAUGACUGAUACAAGAUAGUGUUGUUCGUGUCAUAUAUUGGAAGAAAUGAGUGACAGGCUUACCAAUAAGGUUAAAAGUCAAGUUACCUUUCACUUGGGCCAAAAGUAUUUUUUUUUACAAAAAUGUAUUAUUAUAAUUACUACAUAAAAUAAGUAGUUUAGCACUGUGUUUUUAAACAUUAAUUUUGCAUUUUAUUCUAAUGUGUAUUUCAGCAAAAUGAACGGCUCCAAAGCAAAAAUUUAGUUGAUGGUUGACAGUGGAAUCUAAUGAAGAGGUGGUUGUUAGAUUACAUUUGAUAUGGAGACGUUUUGUUGUUUUGAAACGCUCAAGAGCUCUCGUAUAGGUUUUGUUGACUAAAAAUGCAGAAAGAUGAUGGUAUGCUCUGAUUAGUCACAAAAACAUUUUAGUGUAUUAGCAGUCUUUUUUCUUUCAUAGAUUCAAACACACGAGAGAUCACUGAAAUCUUUGAAACCUGCUUUCAAAACUUUUAUGUCUGCACCUAAAGAUUCCAUCCCACCUAUAUCUUCACCUCCUGUUGAAGAAACACUGGAUGGCAUUGAUACAUUGAUUUUUAAGUUGCAAACAUCUAUAAUAUACUAAGAUCAUUUAACCUAAACUCCACUGCUGCACCAAAUAAUAUCGCACAACUUGUUCUGAAGAAAUGUAGCAAAGAACCCGCUCCUACUCUCCACAAAAUAUUCCAAGUCUCCUGACUUCGAAAUAUUACCAUCUGACUUGAAAACAGCCAAGAUAAUUUCCAUCUUCAAAAAAGGCAGUAAACUGGACCCCAGCAACUACAGACACCUGACCAGUUUGAUAUGCAAGGUUUUUGAACACGUUCUGUUGAAGGAAAUGCUCAAUUUAGUUUUGAGACCUGGAUGUGUUAGUCAACAGUGGCACAGCUUUAUGCUGGGUAGAUCUAAAACAACCAAUCUUGACUUCAUGAUUGGAUUUAGAUAAUGCUAAUCUGACAGACAUUAUCUAUUUGGACUUCUCUAAAGAUUUUGAUGAUGAACCACAUUGUAGGGUGAUUUGUAAACUUGCUAUUUUCUUCAUAAGGGAUAGCUACUAUGUAGGGGUGCAAUCUCUCCUGAAGAAUCGGCACUUCUGCGUGAGAAUUGGAGAAAAGAAUAGUGUAGUCCCAUAAGGCUCAGUAUCAAGACCAAUCCUAUUUAUUUUGUUAACUAGUGACUUAUUAAAUUGAAUGCAAUCCCAAGUCAAGAUGUACACAAAUGAUACCAAAUUCUCAUAUAAAUGAUUCCAGAUUCAGGCAAAUGAUUCCCAACCCUCUUGUGAACAGUCUCCAUGUCUAAGAGGAAUUAAAUUGAAAAUAUGAAUGAUCAUAAGACUGGAUCCCUAGAUGCUACCCUUGAACUAUUGAAAUAUUUGGCUAUCCACAUAGGGAAAUAUAAUCCAAAAGCAAAUAUCACUUAGGGUAAGAAAAUGUAGUAGGUUAUAAAAGAUCUGGAAAUCAAGAUUUUGACUGACCUAAAAUGGGAAAAUCAUGUAAAUUAGAUCUCCUAAAAAGCAAAUAAAGC